AGUAAACUUUCUUCGGAACCUCUUCACAUAUCACGUUUCUCGGCCGGCCAGCAGAAAAAAGAAAUGGGAGUGGCCUCAGCAAUUUUCCUGGUCAUCGUGACCAUUUUCUGUCCUCCGAUCGGCGUGUUUGCCAUCGCCGGCUGUGGGGCAGACCUCUUAAUCAACAUCUGCCUGACUUUGUUGGGCUAUAUCCCUGGUCAUGUUCAUGCCUUCUAUCUCGAAUAUGUCUACUACGACCGUCGGGAGCGGUUAAGACAAGGCUCCAUCGUCACCGACCGCGCUCCUGGCGUCUACAGCGAUAAUGUCCAGAACGGCGGGAACCCACAUGGAUAUGGUACCAUUGUGCAGCCGAACGCUUCGUAAGUAGACACGGCAAGACACCUUGAUGUUGCCGCUGGGAGGUAUGACUUGAAGUAUGAGGGACCAGCACGUUGACUGGGGUCGAGUGGUGUGAUGACGAAUCGAGUUGAUGAAUAUAUACGAUAACGAAAGAGUGAUUUUUCCAAGGAGUCUUCCGAGAGACUUGCAAGGCUUUUUGGGGGUCGAUGGAGGUUAGGCGUGAGUUUCUUAAUAAGACCUAUGAUGUGCUCGG